AUGCUACUUCCAUUGUUCACUCAACUGGAUUUCCCUCAGGAUGGAGCUAAAGAUGCCAGUGAUAUUCCUGAGGUAGCAAUAUGGUAAGCAAGCUUAAAAUAUAAAAAAUUCCCUCUGUCUGGGAUCCUUUAGGCUGGUUGUUAAGAAGGAGUUUAAGGUACGGUAGAGUGGAAAGGAUUUAGCUUCUUGACCCUUUAUAUCAUACCCUAAUAUAAAAAAAAAUAAAUUUCAUUGGUGCCUCUGUAAACCUCAUUGGAAGUAGAUGAGAGAAGAUCUUAAAAAAUCAAUAAAAUUCAUCUUGCGUGAUCAUGCCCUUAAUUCUCAUUACCACUCUGCUGAAUAAAGCGCUGAAAUUACGGGGAGAAGUUGGAUGCUGAUCACUCUUAGGGCUUCCAGGGUUUAAAUAAAAUCCCCUUAGAUACAGAUUUCGAGGUGCAGUCAUUUCCUUAACCUCCGUUUUAGUUAUAGACGCCGUAAAUAACCCACCCUUUGUGUUGCGCGCAAGACGCACAUCCACGAGGUCAUGUGACUUAUGAGUUUACUAUACACCCACCCUACCAAGGGGGACAGAAAAAAAUUCAGGGAGGGUAGCUAAGGAUUGUGCGGGGUAAUUGAGUUUUUCAUUGAUUACCGCGGUUCGUCAAAACAAUACUUAGAAUUUCUCGACAGGUUGCUCCAAAAAUGUAGAUGAAACUGUUUUGCUUACAUUGUUUAUUUUCUUCAGUACUGUUCUUCUUUCACUUCUAUCCGAUCUUUUGCGGAGUUCAUGCACCAGUCAGCAGCAGAUGAUCCAAUGCCAAGGAUUUCUUGUCAUCAGUCAUGUUUUAGAGAAGGUACCAUAAAGUAAAUAAUAUACAGUGGAAGCUCUGAUAAGAAGGCGCCCUCGGGACGAGAAAAAGGUGCCCGUAACUGGAGCAGGCCGCUUACGAGAACGGUUCUCGUAUGCGGCCAGUAGAGGUGUAACACUGAGUAAGGGUUAGAUCGCCGCUUGCGGGAACUUGUCAAUCUACAAAUAAAUUCUGGGAAUGCAAAAAAACCUGUUUGUUAUUGUUUGCCUUUACUGUUGCUCUGACGACGCUGUAAUGCAGGCGCAAGCAUAAAAUUCAAGUGGUAUAAUGAGGUGUAAGCCGGACGUCUAUUGUAAAAACAACAACAACAACAACAACCAACUCUGUUUCAGUGGCGAAUGAGAUUUCAUUUUGGGUAUCGGUUUACGAGACUAUAAGACAGAAUCCAUCAGGAAAUUGAGUAAUUUUAAUUUUCAGUCAAAAACCUUGUGCCAGAAUAAUUUAACCAAUAUCGCAUUCUUUUUUACAUUUUUCAAGGGCUAAAGAUGUAAUUGGUUAUCUGCAAUAACACCAAAGAAAGUUUCUUAUGGGGGUCCAAGAAAAUAAAUGUGAAAUUUCACAAAAUGACUUCUUACACGUGAAAUUUUCAGAAUUUUACCUGUGUUUUCACAAUUCUUAUGAAAUUUGAUAUUGAUUUUCUCGAGUUUUUUGGUAUUUCAAUGGGAAAACAAGUGGUCAUAAGUUGUACUGAUUUACAUUAUUGUUUGAUUUUGCAGGCUGUCUCCACGCAUCUCACGGAAGACGCUCUAAAUAUUCUGCUCUCUCUUGCAAGGCAUGUGAUUCCUUUUUGUUCAUCAUCAACUUUACCCUUGAUCAAAUUUACUCAGUGACAUCCUUCUGUUACUUUGUUGUUAACCCUUUCAGCCCCAAUAUCCAAAUACAAAUUCUCCAAACCUAUCUUCAUAAAUUUACCGCCGCCUGGUUAGCUCAGUUGGGAGAGUGCCGGUCUGCUGAGCGGGAAGUCGCGCGAUCAAACCCCGGCCGGACCAACACUCAGGGUCUUUAAAUAACUGAGAAGAAAGUGCUACCUUUGCAAUGACAUCUUCAAACGGUUAGACUUUCUAGUCUUCUCGGAUAAGGACGAAAAACCGUAGGUCUCGUCUCACAGCACUCACACUUAGCUGGUUCUUGUGGGACGUAAAAGAACCCACACCACUGUUCGAAAAGAGUAGGGGUCGUAUAGACCCCGGCGGUGUGACCAACCUUUCUUGGGCUGGGUGGGUUAUCUUUAAGGACACACUUAAACUGGAGCCUCGCUCUGUUGUGUGUUCCGCACCAUAUGGUGGAAGUGAUUAAAUAAAUAAAUAAAAAUAAAUAAAUAAAUAAAGAAUUUUAUUAAGGAUCAAGGCAUUUUUCCUUUGAUAAUCAUUUUGUUCAUCAUCUUAACCUUUUCUUUUUUGAUAUACAGAUAUUGUUAGGAGAAAGUUGAUGUUUGUCAUUCUUGGGACUUAAAGCAGCUGUUAAAGGCUUAAUACACCUUCUUUUUGCCUCAAAAUUGAUACUUUCUUUUUAUUUGCAGAUAUCUUUUAAGUUCGACUGGAUCUGGAGCUUUAUUAGGAAGUCUCUUUGAUCAUAUUCUGUUCAAUCCAAACUUAUGGGUGAAAGCGUCUCCCAAGGUAUUUCUAAGUAUAUUUCUUUAAGUCCAUUCCAUUUUCUCUCAGUCCGCGUCAUUAUUUACGUAAGAGAACUUUGCCCUUCUAGCGUUCACUUUGCACCCGCCCCGCACAAUUUCUUUACGCUGUUUCACGGGGGGUGAACAUGAGUAUUUCAAAACUCUUGACUCAAAUUUAAAAACGUGCUGGCUGAUCAAAAGAUGGAUAGCGUUAUCCACCAGAUAAAUCACUACCCAGCGAACAAGACAAGUAAGUUUUGUAAAAUUUCGGAAUCCUUUAAAAUACUGAGCUAAUCUUGAAGUUCAAAAAAAAAUUCUAAAAAGAUAAGUAUUCGAGGAACCAAUUGCGUUUUCGACUGGAGAGAAAUUUGUACAGUGGAUAACGUUAUCAACCUUUCGAACAACUGGGGCCUGAGAGUUAAACCAAGAAAGAAUCCGCCUACCCAACAGGCGUCCCUGGCUGCCCCUUCUAACCUCAUCAAAUAAAGUAUAUAUGUGCCCCCGAAUUUCCUCGGCAGCGUCGGUAUUUUUUCCGUAUUAAUUGUGGCGAGAACUUUGUCUUAUUAUUGUUCAAUCCAUGAGCAUCCCUUUAGCAAUGGAAGCCACUUAAGUUUUGAUCUUUCUUUCCAUAAAGGUCCAGCUUCAGUUGUUUAGUGUGUUUGCCACAGACCUCGCAACAGGCACAGGAUGUGCAGCUCAUCUGCGCCGCGAUGUUGGGGUCAGCAGACUCAUGUACAUGCUAAAGACAUUUUAUCGGCUUUCCAGUGACAAUGAAUUUGAAAAAGGUAAACGCACAUUAAGAUUACUUUUUUGUAGACAUGUGGUAGUUCUUUAGUGUACUUCGCAGCCGUUUUUAGGCUCGUCACGCAACGGCUGCGAAGGAGACUAGUAGUUCUUACCCUUGUUUUGUUUCCGACAAUAAUGGAAACAAUCCUUGACCAAGGGAGAUUCGAAGGCACACUACGUGAUACGGCUUAAUUCAAAAUGGCCGCGCGAGGUAACUUCAAAAGAACAUGGGCGGUAUGGAUGUCCAAUUAAUUUGCGAAUUUUCUUCCACUUGAUAAAAAUGUAUACAAAUUUCUACUUUUUUCGUCCAACGUUACAACAAUUUGUCAUAACGAUAGACGUUCUGAGUUUAAGUGACUGGAAGAGACUAUCCUAACGCUUGUAAUAACAAAUUAGUAACAUUUAAAAUAUUUAUAAAGGGGAUGUUAUUCCAUGAUUUUUGCAUCAUUUGUACCCUUAUCUUCCAAAUGAUCCGCGUCUGGAUCAUCGUUUCCUCUGACCUGCCUUACUUUAUUAUUAUUGUUUACUGUACAGAAAACACAGCUCCAACAAAUGAAGAAAUCCUUUCUCUGAGAGCAUUUUUGCUGCUAUUGGUAAAACAGUUAGUACUAAAGGUAAGUUCGCAACUAACACCAAUCAUUAUUUAUUCAAAAUAUUUCUCCGUUUCUGAUUGGGUCAAAUCUAACGGCUAAUUCGUCAUAACCUGCAAGAGUUGUCUAAAUUUGAAAAACUUUUGCAAUAUCCGGAAAAUGACGUCAGUACUACGGGGUAAUAGCCAGAAAAAGGGACGGCAACCGACAAGUCCUGGGGAUGAGGUUGCGUUGUUUUGGUAGAGCAAGGCAAGAUGGCGCAACGUUUCACUCGUUUCGUGAAGAAGAAAUAGCCAAACUACUAUCUAAAAACAAAGCAAGAAUGCAACUAGACCACGAUUUCUUACAUUGGCAAUUUUUUUUUUACACUUGUUUUCUCGGGUAUCGUGAAAAAGGUCUAUUUCCGUCAUAUUGUCCUUACAUUCCUAAAAAGAUUUCUUUUUCUCCUAAAACGCCUUUUUUGAGUUGCGAUGUGUUCGCCUUUAAUCAUUUUAUAACUAGAUCUUCGCAUAGAUUAGCCUGCGUAGCAGAUGGGUUUUUGGGGUGUUUUACGUUUUUUAUUCGUAAAGUAAAGAGAAAUUCUCUGCCUUUCUCCCUCGCCCCCUCCCUCACCGUUUUCUCGUGCGGAUUUGUCUCUUACUUUGCGACCACAAACAAAAAACUCACCAAAAAACCGCCGUCUGCGCUGGCUAAGGGAAGGGCGGAAUCAUAAAUUAUGCAACUUUAGCUUUUUUGAAAAGAAAAGAAAACGGCAGAGUUCUUAAAAUUUCAAAGCGAUCUCUUUCCUUGAGAAUAGGAUCACAUGCUAAUGCGUUGUAAUCGUGCUUUUUUCUGUGUUCGUAGGACAAAGGCAUCACGGAAGAAGAAUUUCAAAGCGUCCUAUCCUACCUUAUGAUAACAAACGAGGUAUCAGUAUUUUAGCUUACUUUUAGUACUUGUCAUUUUCUUCCUAAUCUUUUGUAGUGGCUGAGUGUUUUAAUGUCGAAGUGUCGUGCUACAAAUUUGUAGGCUGGUCAUUUCACAGAGUCGCUCCCACCGACAGGAAAUUGGCUUUAUUCCCCCCACCCCCUCCACUCCCAUGUGUACAUGUGGGCACUGGUGAUCUGACAUACUAGCAUCCUGUUUCUAUUUCUACAUGCUUGAUUCUUCAGAAAUCACAAUAUGCUGCACCUCUGUUGUUCCCGUAUGCGAUAUAAGGGCCUCUAUUCAAGGAAAUCAAGAUGCAAAUGCAAAUGUUGUUCCGGGUAGAAGGGUCAUUCGCCUAACCGCUCCACUCUUCCUACAUUUCCUUUCUAAACCUUGCGAAGCAUAUACAUGCGAAACAAAAAGUUGGCCCUGCUAAAAUAAGGCGGAUCACCCUUUUUCGAUGUGAGGGUCACCCUCCCAGCCGGACAACGUUUCUCCAUAUAAACACUUUGACUCGCCCAGCCCGGUCUACUCGGUCAAGGGAAGACAUUUAGAGCAUGCGCGAGAGCUGUUGGCUUGGACAAAAGGGUCAAAAUGUUUCCCAUAUUAACACUCGUUAAAGUUGACUCGGCUGGGAGACUCUCCCCCAAGACGACUUAUCUCCUUGUAAACGGGGCCUAAGAUAAGGUACAGUCCAUGUGUUAUUUGAGCGCUUCUUAACAAUGGCGCGUCUUCUGUUUCCCUGUAUAAAUGGCCCUACUUGUGUGUUCCCUUAUGUUUACUCUAUGUUUUAGUGAUCUUAGUAGCAGUGUGAAAGGUUUGAACCUAGGAGUCACUUCAUAAGUAGGUUAUAUCACGCCAGUUGAUGUAUUUUAAAACUCUGGUUCUUGACCUGAUUGGUCAAUUAAGUUGCGAUGUUACUGGUCGUCUGUCAUUUAAGCCGUGAUGUGGUUGGCUAUGAAGACUCGUAAUGUCUUCGGUGCGUUUCGAUCCGUCUAUUGUCACAGUUAAACCGCUGUCGUUUAUUGUUAUAGUCAAAUUGUCAGUUGUCCAGUCGUUCUGUCGUAGUUAGUUUUGCUUGCUUCAAUAAGUGGUUUGUACGAUGCCGGUAACUGUAAUGUCAUAAGCAAAAUUGGUUUUUCUUCAGGAGGAGAAUCUUCUAGAUGUUCUUCAACUGGUGCUAUCAAUAAUGACUGAGCAGCCAGAUAUUUGUAUCGCUGUCUUUGAUAAAGUUGAUGGUCUAAGGUAAGCUAACCAGGUACUCUACUCUCAGUAGGCAGCGUAGCCGAGUGGUCAGUGCGUCGGCCGUAUAUAUACCUGCCCGAGUUAGUCGUCAUUUUUCUGAAUAUACUUGUUUUAAGGUAGAUUUCGUUUCACCUCAGUGUGUACUAUUUGACCCCUUAGUUUUCACUCGUUUUAGUUUUCUGAGCUAUUUGUUUUAUUUGCGUUCAACAGAGUUCUAUUUCGUUUCCUGGACAUGAAAUCCGAAGCGGUUAGAGUUUAUGCUUUGAAGAUUGUUGGCUGUUUUCUUCAGUACUGUCCAGCCAAGUAAGUGAAUUAAUAAACUACCUUACGCUUCUCAAUUUAACCUUGGAAAUAUCGAUUUAAAUGAAGACAUGUUCGUCGCAGUGGUAACUGCAAUUCAAGCAAUUACAAAUAAACCCGAAAAACAAUUUUGGGACUUCAACGCUAUUCGAACUCAUGGCCUCUGCGUUAGCGCAAUAGUGCUCUACCAAACUGAGCUAUGAAGUUUCAUACAUUGGGAGCAGACCAAUUUGUUGAGUUAUUCUUAACUCGUGAAAGGAUUGAAACAAGAAUAUGAUGUAAACUGCGGAAAUACAAAAUUAAAUGAACAAAGGGAGAAUGCCUUGAUCAUUAAAUUCAAAUUUCAUUUCAAUGUGAAUUUCGACAGUUCACAUCAUCUUCAUGUUUCUUGGAAAUAUUGUUACCGAAUAAGGUUACUUUUGUAUACUGUGUUUCCAUUUCAGUGGUAAAACCAACUGCAAUUUGCUCAGGCGUUUACGUGCAUGUCGUUCCGUUUGCACGUAUAAUUUUCUUCGAGUUGUGAUUAGUUCUUUUCAAUUCACAAUCAGGAGAAACGGGUAUAUGAUCAUAGUAGAACUGUAUGAGGAUCAGACCUUUUUACAGCAUGAAGAAGAAAAGCUUUAGUGUGCUUUUACCACCAGCAUCAUGUUGUGUCGCUUGUUUUAAUGAUUUGCAAAAUAAACGGGCAUUUUAUUCAGUUCUGAUGCAUAUUUUUUUCCCCAUAGGAGAAAGCAGGACUUGUUGGAACACUACAGUUUGUUUUCUUUGAUCGGCGAUAAGCUGAUAAACCACUCUCUAACACUUACCACCUACAAUGUGCUGUUUGAGGUACGUGUUGCUGCGUAUAAUGUGUUAGAUAUCAACCUAUCCUUUUAGUGGUCUGAUAAUUUGUUCUGUUUACCAUAUGUUUAGAUCUUGGUCGGACGAGUGUCCAAACAAAUAGUCAGCGGACACCACCCACAGCCAGAUAACACCUUCAUUUUGCAAAAUACAAGUAAGUCACAGAAGUUACAUAGCGAUAGGUAGUUACUCAUAUGUUCAUUUUGCAGUCAGUUCUGUUUUUUAUACCCAAUAGACACUUCUGUAAAUGAUAAUGACAUUUAAGUAACAAAGUCAAGUAUUGUUUGGUGACACAGAAAGUCGUCCUUAUGGCAAGAACAAAACUGCGGACCAUUUUAGUUCAGACAGUCUGCCAGUGAGAGUAUGUCGGUNUAUGGGUGACAAAUUACGUUCACAAUCUUGGGUUUUUGACAUAUUUAUCGUAUCGAUCGAGAACUCCACGCACUGAAAACUUUAGCGCUUAAAUUUUGGAUUAAGUUCCUGAUUUUCAGAAUUUUGCGACAAAAUACCUGAUAGAAUCCUUCUUGAUACUCUGAUUCGUGUGUUUAGGUUUUCUAAAUCGUCUUAAAACCUUGACGCCAUCUUGGCACUGAAACGUACAGAACUUUGUAAUUUUCAUGUAUAAAUUAUCAAUUAACACUGAUAAAUUUUGCGUCAAAAUUAAGGAAUAAUUUGUCACCCAUGAUAUUACGAUUAAAAUAUCUUCAGGACCCUUUUCUUCCUCUUGUAAUAAGUAAAAAAACGUUGUGUGUGAACCGGUUUGGGAUAAGCGUGACAAAAGUCUCAGGUCUGGGAAAGAACCUGUGUUCUGUUCGAGUUUGGGGUGCGUUUAACUCUCAUUGUAAAACGUUACCAACCGAAGCGGGUGUGGAUGGUAAUUCAAAUGUUGCUGUUUUGAAAACAGGUUUCCACUUUCCUAUAUUUUUUACAACUUAUAGUUAUUGGACGAAGGAAGAGACUUAAAUUCGCUUGUGCGUUGGGUUGUUGUAAAGCAAAUAACAUCGAAUGACUCUUUUUAUGCUAAAAGUUGUCUUUUUUGUUUCUUUUUCUCUCUCCAGCUAUGGCUCCAGUCAUAGCCAAAAUGCUUCGCAAAAACGAAGGAAAACAUUGCAACGCUGUAGUGAAACUAACUCGGCAGGGAAGCUUCAGAGAACAGCGCACACCGGACGAGGAGAAGGUCGACCUCAAAAGAAAAUUCUUGUCUGAUCUUGUAUUACUUCUUAACCACAGCAAAAUAAAUAGAAGGUAAAGUAGUAGACACACAACACUUUUAAUGAGGGCACCCGUAAGGGUAGUGUUAGUGGGCUUUAUCUUUUAAAUAUCUUUCUAAAUGAUUUAGAGAUCACACAGGAUGAUUGUAAUUUUUUACAUAAAUAUGCGGGUGAUUCAACUAUAGUUGCCUCAGUUUAGAUUUUGUGGCCAGGUUUAUGGAGUGGUCUCAGAUCAAUUGUAUGACCUGCAGCCCAAUUAAGUGUAAAGAACUCACCUUUCUUGAGAUGGGUUAGAACGCAGAUGCUGUCUAUCCGCCUACUGCAGGUAUACCACGAUAAAUUGCAAAUCCUCGGAGUAAAACAAUGUAAAGAAUUGCUAAUCCUCGGAGUGUACUUUCAGGAAGACUCACGGUUUGUUGACCAUGUUAAAGAGAAGCUUACUAAAGCUAACAAAGGACUUUAUAUUUUAACAUCUUUACGCAAAGAAGGGUAUACAGUCAGUUAGAAAUAGACCACUUAUUUAAAGCUAUAGUGUUGCCAAACUUAGUUUAUGGUCUGUCGGAAUAUGGAGCCUCUGAGGCUAAUUUUUGCAACUGUGCAAUGUUUCAUAGAUAGACUGAUGCUUCAAACAUAAUUAUAUUUCUCACAAUGUAAACAUCCGCGAGCUGUGAGAAAAACAAGGCAGAAGAAUUUCUUGUCUGAGUCGGAAGGCCAUUCUCUCUAUCAUAUGCUCCCCAAAGCAAAGGAGACUGAGUACCAGCUGCGUCGUAGUUCUGUUCUUAGGCCGAAAAUUAACACAAAGAGGUUUAUGACCACUUUCAUAGUCGUUUAAUAUUUGAUUAUAACUUAGCUAAUGAGAUUUUUUUACCUUUUUUUAACGUUUUUACCAUGUCAUCUUAUCAUUGUUACAUUGUCUUUUUAUUAUAAUAUUCUUUAAAAAUCUACAAUUUCUUAGCUAUUUAUAUUUUUUAAUUCUUUUAUUUUGUCAUUAUAUCUACAUUAUAUCUUUGUAACGUUUGGCUCUCUUAUGAAUCGUUUUUGUAACACAGAAUACUGUAUUUUUAUUCUAUGAAAUGAAGACCUAAUCCUGGUUAUUAUUAUGAUGAUGCUGAUGAUGAUGACUGCCGCUUAAAAGCUGGCCAAGCGUGUGUCCGCUAAUUUUAGAAAGUCGAUAAUAGAGUGAGCUUGUAAAUUAGAGUUUUAGGAUCUUUUAAUAUUUCAUCAAAAUUUUAGUCUGUGAUGGUGGAAUGUAAAUUGGUCAUAUGUUAAUAAAGAUUUUUGUUGUUGUUAUUAUUAUUAUUUUACACGAACUUUAUUUUCCUUCUUCUUCUUCGUGGCCUUUCGGCGGUACGGGUUUGGGAACAGGGGCGGGGCGUAGAAGGCUGUUAAAAGAAAAGACAUCGUGUGAAGCAGAAGUGUAACUGGAAGCAUCACUAACGCCAAUUUUUCUUCUUCGCACAGUCUUAUUCUCCAAUUGUCGUGUUGGCAAGAGUGGCUUUUCACUUUGGCUCACUUGGAACCUUCGAAUUCAGGUAAAGAUAUUAAGUUGAGAACACUUACUUAACCGCGCGCGAGGUUUAAGAAAUUGCUCAGAGGACCUUCAGAUAAGUGGGUUAUUUCAAGGAGACAGAUAGUUUUCUUUUUUAUGCUAUGUGCCCUCGUGAAAUUGCUCUUCGUUAAAAAGUGUUUGGAUAAAAUAGCGUUGAGGAAACUGAAAAUGGAUUAGAACGCGGUUUUGUUGAACACUAGCUAAACUUCAUUUUAAUUACGAAGCCCAUUGUUUUUAUCGCACUUUUGUUUAGUCUUGCCAUCUGAAAGUGUCGAGUUAAACCUUUUCCAGCCCCUUAACCAUCGGUUAUGAUCCACCUAAUUCGUUUUCCAUCUUGGGUCGCCUUUCCAAACGUGGCUACGUGAGCUUUGUUCAGUAUAGGCCAUAACUGUCCUUUCUUGUAAUGUUGUAUCUUUUUAAAAGGAUUUAAUUCCCGCAUUUUGAAAUGAAAAGUCACUUAUUGACCUUUCUUGUGGCUGUAUUUCAGAGGAAACCCGAACCACCGACACUGUUUUCUGUUUGUUUCGGAUGCUGCUUCAUCACGCCUUUCAAGAAGAGCGUGAAGGCUGGAGAAUCUGGGUGGACACGCUAGCUAUUCUGCAUGGCAAGGUACUGUACCAUGAUAUUGGAUCAAUUUAGGUUUCUGGGAAACUGCCCACCUACCCCUCCCUCAAGCUAACAUUAACACUUAAUUCUCACUUUGGACAAAAUGAUGUCUUAGGGGAGGGGUAGGUGGGCAGUUUCCCAGAAACCUUAUUUGAUCCAAGUAGUCUUCAUCAAAAAGGCCUUCAGUGCCACUAGGCACGAACAGGAUACCCUUUUAUAGGAAAUUAACGUUACAGAAAUGAAUGCGACUAAAAUUAACGUUCAUGAAGCGUUAAUUUCCUAUAAUAAGGCAGGUGAGCUGAGGUGGUCUUUAUCAAAACUUGGAAAAAAAAACAAUCGUGGAAGGGUCUAUUGCCGGUUUUGGUUAUUUGUUUACAGGUGACAUCAUUUGAAAGAGGAAAAGGAAAGACCACUCCCAAACGCACAGCGCCAACUUCCCUUGCUAAUGUAAACAGCCAAGGUAAACGCGUGGAUGAAGCUGUUAAGUCUGCUACAGACGUGAAAUCUCCUGCGUCUAACUCCACAGACAGUGACAAUGACAGGAGAAAAUUUUUUCAAUCGUUACUGCAAAGCAAAAAUGGACCCAAAGUUGAUGCUCUUCCUAAGACCAUCCCUGAGGAGAUCGAAAGUGGUCCUAACUCCCUUGCUAAAGCGCAAGGAGAGACUACCUCUAAGACCCUUCUUGAACAGAACGAAAGUGGCCCUGGGUCCCCUGAACAGGGCCAAACAGAAACUACUGAAAGGACUCUUCCUGAGGAGAGUGAAAAUGGCCCUAACUCCACUGAAAAGGGGCAAGAAAAGUCUACUGGAGAGGAUACAAAGGACGAAGCACACACGAUGGAUGUACAGGACGUAAAUAAUAGUGAAUGUAAUGAAGAGGAUAGGUCCCCUAGCGUGAAGGACUCUCUCAGUUCUACAGGUUUAGGCUCUGAUUUAAGAGGAGCUGAGGAAGCUGAGGAGCCAACGGGCCACGAGGAACCUAAUGAAGGGGUUAGGGAAACUACGGAUGUUAGAGAAUCUGAAGAGAAAAAUUCAAGUGACAUCCUUCGUUCUAAAUACUUUGCUAAUCAAAGUAUUCACAACGAAAAAACCGCUGCAGAUGCAGCUGAAGAUGUAUCGAGUUUGACUUCAGUUGAAGAUAAGUUAAGUGAUGACAAGCAAUCUGAUGCAAAAUCUGACGGAGUUGAGAAACCGAUCGUUGGAGAUACCGAGACUUUACCCAAGGCUGAUGAAAGCGCCAACGAACCACAAGUAAGCGAAAGAAAACAUGAAGACAAUGAUGAUAAGGAAAGUCUUCAAGACUCUGGGAAUCAGACAGAAGUUAGUACUUCGCCGCCUGAAACAGCGACUCAGAAAAACACAAAUUCAAGCGAAGGUCAAAAUUUAUUUUACGAGAAAGAUAAAGCGAAAGAUGUUGAUAAUAGUCUUACUAUUGCAGUAAAGAGUUCCUAUAUUGGGACUGCAAGCGAAGUGCGCGAGGAUGCGCAAUCAGAAAAGGAUGUUAAAGAGGAUAGUGACUCUCAAAAGAAACUUGUUACGUCAGAUGUCGCUCCAAGCGAAGAGCAAAUCGUCUCUCAAUCAACGGAAAAUAGUAUUCAGAAACCGACUGUCGAGUCGUUAAAUAACGAUAAUACAAGCCAAGCGAGUUCACCUAACACACAUUCGGAGACUGGGACUGAGUCCAGUCCAACCUCUACUCCUUCUGCCACGUCGGCAGCCACAAGUAACGCAGGCUCACCUGAGCAGAAACCAACUUACAGAGCACAUGUAAAUAUUCCUGAAUACUUAUGGUCGCCUAUUCACCAGAGACUGUUAGGGGAUUUGUUGUUUGCUAUCGAGGCUGAUGUCCAAGUUUGGAGAAGGUAAGUUUUAGUGGCGAAAGCGGUACCUAACUACCCGAAUUUUAGAAAAGGAAUCGUAAGUUACAUUUGAUGAGGAAUCUUAACGUGAGUAGGAAUGAAAUUACAACUAAAUGCUCGGGGAUUAUCUUAAUUUAUGUAGAAUAAAUUAUGGUAUAGGGAAAACUAAGUAGCAGUAACUACGUCAUGAGACCAAAAGUUCGUGUGUCAGUCGCGUUUUGUCAGCAUUUUGCAUUCCUUUUUUUUGUCUUUAAAAGUAUUCCAGGUUUUCAAGAUUCCUUUUGAUGUUGAAGCCCCUUUUGAAUAACUGACUGCCGCUGUAGAAGAAUUAGAGCAAAGGAGCCAUUCGCCAUUUGCACACCUCCCAUGAUACACCUUUUUUGCCCACCGCCCCCACCCCCCCAAAAAAGAAAAACAUUUUGCAUAAUUAGUGUCUUCAGUUUCUCUUGGAAUGGCUGAAAUACCCAUGGGAAAUAAAAUACAAAGGUUAUGCAUUUUUUUUUAGGGGCGGGGAGGGGGAGAUGUGCAAGUGACGAAUUGUUUUUAUUGCAAAAACACAAAUAUAGGUUUAAAAUGAAAGGGUUUUUAAGUUCUUGAUCAGUACAUGGCAAUAAUGAAAGUAAACGAGCGUUUUGUCACUCAUCUAUGCUAAACGAGGAAGCUACUGGGCUACUAGUAUUUGUGUUAUCCAUAUUUUUCCUAUUCUUCUUGUGUAUUUAAUGUGCUCGUUUUGAAUGUCCAAGAAAUAACUUUGUGACCUUGUUUUCAGCCACAAUCGUAAAACUGUAAUGGAUUUUGUCAACGCCAAAGAAAAUGGGACAUAUCUGUGGAACCUGGCUCAUUUUGUUUCGGUGCUCGCAGAUAACGUCAUUUUUUGCUGCGGGGAUCUUCUCCCUCUGCUCUCCUCCGUCACAUCACGUGAUUAUGGCCAAGAUGUCAUCGAGCCGUGCGGUGGCAUGUCACUGGAAACGAGUUUCUCGUUCCUCAAUCGGGUUAUGUCUCUUGUGGAUGUGAUAGUAUUCACCAGUUCCCUCGCUUUUAGCGGAGUGGAGACUAACCGGAACUUGAGCACGGGUGGAUUUUUGAGACAGUGUUUGAGAUUAGGUGAGUGAAUGUAAAUCGUGAAUAUGCCAUGGAUCAAUUUAGGUUUCUCGAAAAACUGCCCCCUACCCCUUCCCUAAGCCAACAUUUUGCCCUAAGUGAGCGGUAAGUGUUAAUGUUGGCUUAAGGAUGGGGUAGGUGGGCAGUUUCCCAGAAAAUCUGAUUUGAUCUUAGGCCAUUUCCGGCCGUUUCCUAGUUACAUAAACUCUCACUAUCAAAACGAGGCUAAGUUCAAAACCUUUUUUCGGAAAAUGAAUUUUAUUAGCAUGAGAAUAGAAAAUAUUUUUCAUAUCAAAACUUCGCACUUAGCUUCGCUUUGACACAGAGCUUUGGGAUAACUCGGAAAUAGCCCAUUAGGCUGACUGAAACUUAUAGGCAGUAUAGACAGUGCCCACACUGUGUACUAGGCAGGCCGUUAGACACACAGAGACAUAGGUGGAGGCAGCCAUUCAUUCAUUGCAAAGUCACUGUAAAUUUUAAACAUUAUAUCCUCCUGUCUUGCUACUAUCUUUAGAUAGGUUACCUCUAAUUUUGCUUGUCCGAAGGCCGAUUAUUUUGUUAUUCCAGAGUCUGCCCUCUUAAGCCUUGAUUAAUUAUAGCUAUAUUGUGUUACUCUUAUAUUUGUUUGUCUGUGCAGUGUUCUGUUGUGCGGCGCGUAACCGCUUAGUCUGUCGACAGCGUAACAGACCCAUUCUACCACUAAUCACAAGCGGGAAACUUGGAAAGAAGGCGCUCAAGGAAGCGAGAGAGGCCAUCAAGACCCUGAUAGCUUCAACAAAACCGCCCAGUGAACAGGUAUGUAACAGAGGCUAG